AGAUGUGAAUAUCUGAUAGUGGGUUUGGGGGGCGGUGGUGUGCCAGUGGUUUGAAGCUCAGGCGUUCGACUCCUCUCAAAGAGUUGAGAGCAUCGUUGACACGCGUCAAACAAGAAUGUAAAGAAAUAAUGAAGACAGCUCACGUUCAAGUGACCUGGAACUUACCCAUUGACGGACACUUUUUAAGGAAGCUUUAGACAGCUCCUCAUGGGCACGGCGGUGCUUGCUGCGUGCUGCGUGCUGCGUGCUGCGUGCUGCGAGCUCCAAUCAAUCAGCGAGCUGAAGCUUUAAAUAGGGAACCUCAUAAUAUUUAUUUAAUUCAAUAUUUAACAAAAUCCUCUCUGUUAAAUUCCUUAAUUUAUUUAAGCUGAUUCUUAGUACUAAUAAGUCAGAAAAGUAAAAAAGAAAGAAAGAAAGAAAGAAAGAAAGAGAAAUCUCUGUUUUUGGUAAAUUGAAGCUUUGCGUCGUCUUUCAGUCUCUGUAUCCAAACUCAAAUGUGGAAGCCUUUUAGGGUUCGUCACUCGUUUCUCAGCUCCCUCUACCUCGUCUCCGUCUUCGUCUCUGUCUUUACAGAGUAACAAAUGAAGCUGUAUGUAAUUUAAAGUUGCUGCUAAUAAGAAAAAGCACUGCUCAAUCUAGUUUCGCUCUUCUUCUAUCAAAUAGGUAAGCAGAAAACUAUGGCAGCUGAGCUUGUCAAUUCUGCUACAAGUGAGAAACUCACUGAGAUGGACUGGACAAAGAACAUCGAAAUUUGUGAGUUAGUUGCUCGAGAUCAAAGGCAAGCUAAAGAUGUUGUUAAAGCAAUUAAGAAACGAUUGGGAAGCAAGAACCCAUAUACUCAAUUAUAUGCUGUAUUGUUAUUGGAGAUGUUGAUGAACAAUAUUGGUGAAAAUGUUCAUAAACAAGUGAUUGAUACAGGCAUUCUCCCUAUUCUUGUGAAGAUAGUGAAGAAAAAGUCGGACUUGCCAGUACGAGAGAGAAUAUUUCUGCUUUUAGAUGCUACACAGACAUCCCUUGGUGGUGCUUCAGGAAAGUUUCCUCAAUACUAUUCAGCAUACUAUGAUUUGGUGAGUGCUGGAGUACAAUUUCCUCAAAGGCCUCAUGCUACACCCUCAAAUCCACAUACUUCACUACCAAAUAAGAAUAAUACACUUAAUGGGGAACUUGCCUCUGCUAGACAUGAGGCAAUUGCACAGCAAGCAGAGCCUCAGAUUGUUCCUGAGUCCAGCAUUAUUCAGAAGGCUAGCAAUGCAUUAGAGGUUUUAAAAGAAGUCCUUGAUGCAGUUGACCCUCAAAAUCCUCUGGGUGCGAAGGAUGAGUUUACACUUGACCUUGUGGAACAAUGUUCGUUCCAGAAGCAACGAGUGAUGCAUCUUGUGAUGAGUUCUCAGGAUGAGAAGGUGGUUUCCCGAGCAAUUGAGUUGAAUGAGCAACUCCAGAAAGUUCUUGUCAGACAUGAUGCUCUUCUCUCAGGCAGGACUGCCGUUUCAAGUAGGCCUACAGCAACUGUAAAUCAUUGUGACCCUGAAGAAGAGGAGGAAGAAGAGCCAGAACAACUUUUUAGAAGGAUACGCAAAGGGAAAGCCUGUGCAAGACCUGAAGAUGAAGAGUGCUCUAGAGAGCGGCCGCACUUAAGUUUGCUUGGAUCGUCCAUUCCGGGAGAAAAAGAAAGGCUAAACCGUCCCCUUAUACGGCCAUUGUCUUUGGAACCAUCAUGUGAAAACAAUGCAAAUCCUUCAGCUGUUGCAAUUCCUCCCCCUCCUGCAAAGCACAUGGAGAGAGAAAGAUACUUUCAGGAGAAAAAGGUUGAUGGUUCUACUCUGGCUGGUCAUAUGAGAGGCAUGUCAUUACACAGUCGUAAUGCCAGCAGUUCUCGUAGCGGGAGCAUGGAUUUUAGUGACUAACUAUAGGUUGGUGCUUUUACAAUGUCUAUUUGUUGAUAUGUCAGUUUAUUACUUAUAAAUGGAGAUGGAUUUUCAUUGCUAGUAUUGUCAGGUGUUGGUUGAAAAAUGACUGAACCUCAAGAUAUUUAAUCGUAUAGAAUGGUCUUACAUACAGCCUUCUUGUUCGGUGUUCAGUAUUAAGUUGUGUCGGAGGGUGGUUGAACGUGAUUGUUGUUUUCAUUGAGUUGUUGUGGCGUUUAGUUAAUUCUUUUUUUAAUAUCCUUUUGUUUCAAAGAGUGGCUUGUAAAGAGGAUUCUUUUUUCCAAAAAUCUUUAGUACAAACUAUUUUUUGGCA